AUGGCGGCUGCGCCCCCCGGUCCUUCAACCCCUAUUCUUUUGGACCCAAAGUCCGCACUUCAAUCGUACAUCAGACCGCCUCUCCCAGUGCUGCUGUCUCUCGAGAAACUUGUCCUCGAGCACUGGGAGCAGGUCGUUCCCUUGCGCGUUGGACGCCUCUCGGAUCCCAAGAUCAGCCAAAAGAUCGACCUUCGCGCCGGGAAGUAUGGUUUCGCCACAAGACAUCAGCUUCGGCCUGUCCACAACAUGGCUCGGCCUGCUAGGCUACCUCAUUCUGGCCAGAGUCGCCUAUGAUCUCGUCUUAGCCGUCUACAGGAUCUACUUCCAUCCCCUUCGGCGAUUCCCGGGCUCCAAACUCGCCGUCGCCUCGUACUGGUAUGAAACCUACUACGACGUCUUCAAGGGCCAUCAAUACGUGUGGAAGAUCAAGGAAAUGCACGAAAAGUAUGGGCCGAUCAUUCGCACCAAUCCGGACGACGUGCACAUUCAUGAUCCGGACUUCUUCGACGCGUUGUACGGCUUGAAGCUUGACAAGUGGGCGUGGUGGACACGGGGUUUUGCGGUGCCCACGGCCGGAGGCAUGACCGUGGAGCACGAGAUCCAUCGAAAGAGGCGAGGAGCUCUGAAUCCUUUCUUCUCCAAGGCCAGCAUUGUCGCGAAUAUGCCCGUCAUCCAGGAGAAAUUGGCCGUCAUGUGCGAACGACUAGACAAGAUCAAGGGGAGUCGGGAGGUGCUGGACCUUGAGGCCGUGUAUUUGGCUUUGACCACCGAUGUGCUCACGCAGUGUUCCUAUGGCUGGACGUACGAUUACAUCCACCACCCGGAAUGGGCCAUGACCUGGAAGCUCGUCAACACUGGCGGACGCGCCUCGGCGGCUAUUGUGCGCUCAUUCCCACUGAUCGGGGCCAUCGUCCGGUCCAUGCCUCUCUCCGUGGCGAUCAAACUCGUUCCACCGGUCGGCUUCAUGAAAUCCUGGAUGCAGCGUGUCGGGAUCCAAGUGAAGAAGAUCAAAUCGGACCCAGAGACAAUGCAGGCCAUCAAGACCGAGAAGAGGCGCAAGGACACCAUCUUCGCGCAGAUUUUGUCGAGCGAUCUCCCCGAGGAUGAACUGAGCGAUGAACGGCUGAUUGACGAGGGCGUCUUGAUUGCCACCGCGGGCUCUGAGACAACCGCCUGGGCUAUUACCAUUACCACGUACCACAUCAUGAAGAACCCGGACGUGUUGGCAAAGAUGCGCGCGGAGCUGUCCAAGGUCGAGAUCCCGCCCGGUGACCCGGUGGCUCCCUGGACGUCGUUGGAAAAGAUGCCCUACUUGACCGCGGUCAUCAAAGAGGGCGUCCGGAUGGCCGGUGGAAUGCUGUCUCGCUUGCCACGGAUCUACGACAAACCAAUCCAGUACAAGGAAUGGACCAUCCCGGCCGGCACGCCGGUCGCCAUGACACCGCACCUGGUCCUCAUCGACGAGAACAUCUUCCCGCAACCCCGCAAAUUCGAUCCAGAGAGGUGGCUGGACGAAGACGCCAUCGCCGAGGGGAAGACCACCAGCCGUCUGGACAAAUACAUCGUGGCGUUCGGCAAGGGAUCCCGAAAUUGCAUCGGCAUGCACUUGGCGUACGCGCAGCUGUACAUGUCCGUGGCCGCCAUGGUGAUGAGGUAUAAUCUGGAAAUGUACCAAACGGACGACAGCGAUGCGACGCCCACGAGGGAUCUGUUCACGGCCGGGGUGAAGCUGGAUAGCCAAGGGAUCAGGAUCAUUGUGCACGACAAGGAUGAGAAGAUUUAGAGACCGGAGGGAGAAAGAGAGUUUUGCGGUGCUGUGGUUUCGUGCAUGAAACAUUUCGGCAUCGACUCUUGCCCCUUCACAGCGUUAGACCCUUUUUGAGGUAUCAAUGUAGAAAUCGCUUAGACAUAGAAGACGUUAGCAGACUCGAAGACGGCGCUUUAAGCAAAGUCUGGUUGUAAUCAAUCCAAUUCCGUCC